CCGGGCGGAAGCAGGAGCCGGAAGUGUGAGCACACGGCAAGAUGGCGAGCCCCGAGCUGCUGCUCGACUCCAGUAUCCGGUUGUGGGUCGUGCUGCCCAUCGUGGUUAUCACGUUCCUGAGCGGCCUCCUUCGCCACCAUGUCACCCGCCUGCUGCAGGCCGACAAGAAGACCGAGCUGGAGGCCCUGAGCGACAGUCAGGUGCUGCUCAGGAGCCGUAUACUCCGGGAGAAUUGCAAAUACAUCCCCCGACAGUCUUUCCUGAUGAGGAGGAAUUACUUCAACGACGCAGAGAAUGGAUUCUUCAAGAAGACGAAGAGAAAAGUGACCCCGAAGAACCCGAUUACCGAUCCCACCAUGAUGACGGAAAUGAUGAAGGGGAACCUCACCAACGUCCUUCCCAUGAUCCUCAUAGGAGGUUGGAUCAACUGGGCAUUCUCCGGCUUCCUUACAACGAAGGUGCCGUUCCCCUUAACCCUGCGAUUUAAGCCCAUGUUGCAGCGCGGCAUUGAGCUGGUAUCGCUGGACGCCUCAUGGGUGAGCUCGGCCUCGUGGUAUUUCCUCAACGUGUUCGGUCUCCGCAGCAUGUACACGCUGCUCCUGGGGCAGGACAACGCCGCCGACCAGAGCCGCAUCAUGCAGGACCAGAUGACGGGGGCCGCGAUGGCCGCACCGCCCGAUCCCAACAAAGCCUUCAAGGCUGAAUGGGAAGCCAUGGAGAUCACGGAACAUCACUGGGCGCUGGAGAACGUUGAGGAGGACCUGACUUCCCACGACCUGAACCUCGAGAGCGAUCAUUGAGCCGCGGCAGACGUGGCGGGUGCCGGCCGGGAAACACGCGGAGAUUUUCAGACAUGUUCUAUUUUCGUACGGAUGCAAUAAAGUUCUUUACUAAA